UCAGUUUCACAGGCCGAGAUUGAUAGUACGCCACCCUGGUCUACUCCUGUGAUAAAUGUUGACUUUAGCUUAAAGCAGUUUCCUAAGGAAUCAACUCCAGACUAUGUCUAUAAACAGCACUUUGCAGAAAUCCAACACAAUGAUAGGUAUUUAAUUCUUAUUUACACUGACGGUUCUAAAUCUGAUGAUUAUGUUGGCUCAGCUCUUGUCUGCCAGGAUGAAAUUGUGGCAGAGCAAAUUUCAUCGAAUUCAUCUAUUUUUACUGCAGAGCUGCAUGCUAUCCACUUAGCCUUAAACUAUGUAAUCAGAAAAGGUCAUUGUCGCUGUGUUAUUUACACUGACUCAGUUAGUGCACUUCAGGCUUUGAUCUCGUGUGAACCUAGUUCUCACUCUAUAGUGAUUAAAAUUCGUAAAUUGUUUAGCCAUCUUCUUGCAAGGAAUUUCUCUAUAAAAUUUUGUUGGGUCCCAGGCCAUGUUGGUAUAAGAGGAAAUGAAGAAGCAGAUGCAGCUGCAAAAUCAGCUAGUCCUCCACAGCACACAAUGCGUAUUGAAGGAGGUGAUUUCAAGCUAGUCAUUAAAAAACGACUAGCAGAGAGAUGGCAAAAUAUGUGGAACGCACAAGUCCACAAUAAACUGCAUGAGAUCAAACCUACGAUAGAAAAUUGGACACACAAGAAAUUUUAUAACAGGAGAUCUGAAGUUAUUAUUACUCGUUUGAGAAUUGGACAUACUCGGUUGACUCAUCAAUACCUUUUGAAGGGUGACGAGCAGCCAGUAUGCCAGUAUUGCAACUGUCCUCUUACUGUAAAACACAUACUGCUCGAUUGCUCUGUUUUUGAGACCAGGCGUAGGCAGCAUUUUGGAAAUGCAAAUUUUAAACAGAUUCUGGGUCAGAGGCCCAAUUUUUAUGAUAUAUUAGACUUUUUAAAAGUCAAUAAUUUGUGUAAAGAAAUUUAAUUAUUUAUUUAUUUAUUU